UCCUCCAGCUGAAACUCCUCCUUGUCUGCAGCACUUCCCUGGUAUUCAGUGUCCUCUCAUGGAUAUGCUUCAGAAAGAAGCAACAUCUCAAAGCUAUAGAGUGGUUCGCAGCCUUUUGGACGAGCUCGUGGACACCGUGGCUACAACUGUGGAACAAGAGAAGCUUGACAGGGUGCUCUCCUGGGUUACGUCAGAGAGUCCUGUGUACCGACUGUUAAAAGUCAGUGGAGGUUUCCCCAUUAUGACGCUUUCACCUGUACCUGUAAAGGAGCUCGUGACCGUGUCGGAGCUGAGCUUCUUCCGUGACAUGGUGGAAUGCACAGACGACAACGUGCGAGAGAUUGCCAGGAUGACCGUUAAGCAAUCAGGAUGUGCGAGAUGGCACAGGGAAAGAGUAGUGAGGGUAUCGAGCUCAGUGGCGCACCAAGUAUACAGGAGACGAGGCAGGUUUGCUGAUCUAGCGGUGAAGCUAGCGAGGCCAAGAUCAUUCAGUUCAGCUGCUACUGCUUACGGUUGGGCUCUUGGUGCACCCCACACAGUCCUGGCUAUGUUCAAGCCCAGACGGCACGUUUUUCACGGAUGAUGGUCUCAC